AUGUCAUGCAAUCAAUAUCCAGAAGAUACUGGGAGUGCCAAGAAAAUGGAUAUUAAUCGUACCAGCUCUGAAGAGAGCAUAACGCCACCACCAUUUUCCUCAGAAAAACCCAAGAAGAAAAAUCUAGCAACUGAAGGGAAGACAUAUAAUACAGAAGAAACGGGGAGUGAAAGAGAGAAAGAAAAAAAUAAUGAACCUGAAGAGAGCAUAAUGCUGCAAUCUUUCCAUAAAGAAAUGAUCUCUCCAAUGGUGUCAGAAAAAGUGAACAAGAUUGUUCCUGAAGUUCAAGAUCACGAAAUUCAAGAUAUUGAAAAUAUGCCUAUUGUUAUUGCAGAUGGGAAUAUGGUUGAUCUGCACAGUUCAAUAGAGCGUCUUACUCGGAUAUGUUUGGAUAUGCAGAAAAACAUAAAAUCCUUACAUAAAAUCAUGAAAACACUCCACACGAAAAAUGGACAGCUAGAAGCAGAUAACUAUUUAAAGAAUCUGGAGGAGAAGUUACCAUUGAAAUCAUUGGAUGAACUGGAACCCUUUGAUACCCAUUUAUCCGAUGUUGAGAACAAACGCUCUUUUAUAUCCUACAUGAAAUCUGUUGGAGGAAGGGACCUCAAAGAUAACAUGAAUAGGUGCCUAGGAUUAAUAUACACCAACAAUUUAAGUAGAAGUUGUUCACUUCAGGGCAAAAGGGGAAACUUCAAAUUAGGGGAAACAUAUACAAUGAAAUUGUUCAUUGAUAUAAUGGUAUCACAACACAAAACCAGUAUAAGUGAAGUUCAGGCCUAUAUCAGUGAAUGGUUCAGGUUGGCGAAACAGAGGUUCCUCAGGAAAAAAUAA